AUGGACAAAUUUAGAUUCUUCAAAUUUUCCUCGCAGGAAAAGAUGGGAGGCGAUCACAGUAUAUCGGACUGUGGGCACUCCAUAAACGGCCGGCCUAUUCACUACAAAAAGAAACAUGCUUUAGAAGGAAAAAACACCUACCAGGCCGUGGGUAAAAACGGCGUAAAGCAGAAGAUUAUUCCCAGCAGACAACCCUCGAUAGAACCGGCCAUAGUCUGUUAUUCUGAGUUCUCGCGACUCAAAAACCAAGCUAAAAUCGUCACUCCAGAAGAAAGGAAAGCCAGAUUGGACGAAGCGGAGAGGGAAAAGUCCCAGAAGCACUUCGAAAGCCAAAUGAGGAAAGAGGAGUUGAAACGAUCGCAGAAAAUCCAAGUAUCGAAACCCGGAGGUAAAUUAGAGUCGCUGGAGGAAGGCAGCAUUUUACUGAGCAGGUCUCAGGCGUUGCAAUUGGAGCAGGACGAGCGCGUCAAGCAGGCCAAUAGCAUCAUUUUAGCCACCAAAUGCCGGGCAAUACGCCAUGCCCAACUAACUGAAAAGAAGUUACUUGAAAAAGAACUAAAGGAGGAGAACAAACGUUUGGACCUGCUAAUGGAACAAACCAGACUGGAAAAAGUCGAAGCUGAAGAGAAGCGAAGGGAAGAAGCCGAACGGAAGCGUCAAAGGUACAUCAAAGAGAUCCAGCAACAGGUGCGCGAGAAGGAAAUGCUGGAACUGUUCGAAGCCGAAAAGGCCGAAGAAGAGUGCAGAUUGUUGAAUAAAGUACUGGUGGCGCAGCAAAAGGAGGAAGAACAGAAGGCACACGAUGGCGCCAUCUACAAAAGAAAGUUGCGAGACGAGUUUUUGAAAACCACCGAAGAGGCGGAGUACUUCAGGACGGUCAGAGAGCAGGAGGAGAAACUCAGGGAAAUGAGAAUGAACGAAUUCCAGCGACAGAAGCAGGAGGAAGAAGACGCCAGGAACAGGGAAACCGCCAUGAAGAAAGCGGCGAUCGAAAGAGAAAAAGAAAGGUUCCUCGCAAGCCACGGCAAAGGCGACGAAUUGAAGAAUAUGAUGGAGCAAUUUAGAUUAGCCCGGUCCAUAGAAGAGAAAGAAAAAGAAUGGCGCGAAAAGGAGAAGAAAGAGGCGGAAAAGAGGAGGGCGAAGCUGGAAGAAUUGAAGAAAUCGAGGGCGGAACAAAUCGACGCUUCGAGAAAAGCGCAAACCGUGAUUAUAAUGAGAGAUAAAGAGGACGCCUUGAAGGUUGCUCAACACCAGCGAAAGUUGUACGACGAGCACAUGGCGAAAGAGGAGAAACGGCGCGAGGAGAAGGAAAGGCACAGAUUAUUUUUGCUCGAGCAAAUCAACGCGAAGGAAAAGGAGCGGAUACAUUUCAGAAUGGAGAAGUACGAGGAUGGCAAGGCGCAGAGACAGGAAGAAGUGGUUAUGGAUAAAACUAUCGAUGAUUAUCUAGUGCAGAAAAUACAAGGCCUGAGGGAUUUGAAUAUGCCUGAGAAUUACAUUAAGGAUAUCGAAAGGCAAGUGAAAGCGAUAAAGACGAAAUAG